AUGGAGUCAAAUCCGCGCUCGGAAAUGGAACUUUGCCCUGACAAGGCCGGGCUCACCUCCAGUGUCGAUACGGACAAUGGGAUAGCGACCAAGGAGGUUGAGACCACUGCUUCCAAAGAUGCCGAGCCCUCGGCCAAAGCGUCAACCAACGGGUCGAAGAAAGGGUUACGGUUCUGGAUGAUCUUGGUCGCACUCAGCGUCACAAGCCUGCUGACAGCGCUGGAAGCAACCAUCACUUCCACGGCCUUGCCGUCUAUCAUCGCCGAUCUAGGUGGCGGCGACUUGUAUAUAUGGGCCGUCAAUGGUUACUUCCUGACCAUGACGGCUUUGCAGCCCCUUUACGGACAGCUAGCGAAUCUCUUUGGACGUCGGUGGCCAACGAUCGGUGCAACGGCGGCUUUUGUCCUGGGAAGUGGUAUUUGUGGAGGAGCUAGAAAUAUGAAGACUCUCAUUGCCGGCCGCGUGAUCCAGGGAGUCGGGGCAGGCGGUACCGCUGUUCUCAUCGAGAUGAUCAUCUGCGACUUGGUCCCUUUGCGCCAACGAGGCAACUACUUCGCCAUCGUCUUUGGCCUCGUUGCUCUCGGCACAGCCUUGGGACCUUUCUUCGGCGGCCUUAUUGUCAACUACUCCACCUGGCGAUGGGUCUUCUACCUCAAUCUCCCCAUUGGCGGUGUCGCGCUGGUACUGCUCUUCGCCUUCUUGAAGGUGAGAUGGAACAAGGAAGCCAAGCUUGCCACCAAGUUGACCUCGAUGGACUGGGCUGGGAAUGCCAUCUUUGUCGCGGCAAUCUGCGCGGUCCUCAUCGCACUAUCCUGGGCGGGCGCCGUCUAUCCCUGGUCCUCAUACCAUGUUCUUAUCCCACUGGUGGUUGGCUUGGUGGGCCUCGCAGGCUUUCUUGUAUUCGAAGGUUCUCGAUUUGCUCCUCGGCCGACCAUGCCGCUGCAUUUGAUGUCGAACCGCACAUCGGCCGUUGCUUUUGUCCUCACCCUCCUGCACGGCAUAGUCACCAUAUGGUCGGUUUAUUUUCUUCCGCUUUACUUUCAAGGCGUCCUUGGCUCAUCGCCCGCCCGCUCGGGCGUCCAACUUCUGCCUACCAUCUUGGCCCUGAUUCCCUUCGCUGCAGGAGGAGGGAUGGCCAUGUCAAAGUUCGGCCGCUACCGACCAAUACAUACCGUGGGCUUUGCAUUGAUAGUGGUAGGCUUCGGUCUUUUCGACCUCCUAGAUCAAAACUCCUCGACAGGCGCGUGGGUUGGAUAUCAAAUAGUCGGUUCUGCCGGAGCAGGCCUCAUUAUCUCGACCCUGCUACCUGCCGUGAUGGCGCCCCUCUCAGAAAGCGACACAGCACUGGCAACAUCAACCUGGUCGUUCUUGCGCGGUUUCGGCGUGAUCUGGGGGACUGCCAUCCCGGCUGCGAUAUUCAACAAUCGCUUCGACGCGCUUGCGACGACAGGCAUCACCGAUCCCGUCAUCAGAGAGCAGCUCAUCAACGGAAAAGCGUACAGCCAUGCCACGGCUGCUUUCAUCAAAACACUAUCAGCUUCCUCUCGCGAACAAUUCAUCACACUGUUGAAUGAAAGUCUCCGUCGAACUUGGCAGGUUGGUAUCGGGUUCGCAGCACUGGGGUUUUUGCUUGUGUUUUUUGAGAAAGAGAUUCCACUCCGCCAGGAGCUUGAAACCGAAUUCGGCAUGGAGAACGGGGAGAACGAAACCGGAGAUUCGAAGAAGGGGUGUGUUGGAGUGUAG